UUCGUCGCUACCCACACUGCACUUCCAAACAGUCAUCGCCUGUAGUCUGCGGCCUGCGUUGGUUCCAGCAGCAGCCUCCAAGCCAAUGUCGAUGCUUCGGAUAGGCAUUCCAAUGUCCUGCUGCCCUUGACCCGUGCACACGAAUUCUUUUGAUACCAUCCGUCCGCGCCGUCAUGUCGAAACGGAGUUGGCAGGAGGCCAAUAUGCCCUCCCCACGACCUGCUCCCAGCCUUCAACGGGCUGCUUCCUCAGCAUCGCCUCAUUCCUUCACCUCACCGACCCAGUCAACGUCCCCGAGGAAGAUACGCAAUUCCUUCGAUGAGCCUCCACUUCUUGCCAAAGGCCCGCCAAAACCGCAGCGAACCAAUUCCACCAAUGGAAAUACUGGGGAAUCUACCAAAUUGCCCGGAAUAUCUAGAAAGGUGAAGGCAUGUGCGGCAUGUCGGAAGCAAAAGAUAAAAUGCAUCAUGCAUGGAGACCCUCCAUGUCAACGAUGUAAGGAGCGAGGUCUGUCAUGUCGACUAAACAAGAGUUUACAAACCCUUAUGUCGGAGGACUCCAAAUGGAAGGCAGCAGUAACGAAGGACGUAACAGCUCUUUAUUCGGCCGUGGAGGAAAUAGUCCGGACACUGCAGCUACCGGCAUUACCGCAGAUGCUUACCUCAACACAAGACCCAGCAAUUUUCUUCGACCAGGACGAAAACAACGACCAAGAUGACGACGAGCAAUCGCCCGAUAACUCACCAAAGGUCACCCCUGUUGCUGACAACUUGUCACACGUCCCAAUCGAGUCGCUGUAUCAGAUCACUGGCAUGCGCUCGUUGAGAGCCACGGAGAAUCUGACUGACGACCAGUCACGAAUAUGCAAACAACUCCGUGACACGGACUUCAUAGCCCGUGGUAUCAUAAAACAAGAAGACGCCGAAUACCUGGCAAACUAUUACCUCAGCAAGCUUGAUCCCUAUAUCUGGCAUAUGUGCCCGGACUACAAAGAUCUGGAGUCCUUCCGACGGCGCUCACCGACGUUAACUGCAUGUAUUUUGACUGUUGCUGCAUUGCACGAUACUAAGCUGGGUCACUUGUAUUCAAUAUGCAGCAAAGAGUACCGGAGGCUGGUGGCCAAUGCAAUGUUCGAAAGGAAAAUCGACAUGGAGUACCUGAGAGCACUGGUACUAGGGUCUUAUUGGUUAAGCGACAUCUCAUGGACCCUUUCUGGAUACGCCAUCCGCCGGGCCAGCGAGUUCCAGUUACGUCGAUUCUACCAGGAUAUCACAGACUCGAUACGAAUCCCGGGCAAGGUCGACCAAGGAAGAUUGCAGGAGGCUAUAGAUGGGAUACGUGUCUUAUACGCCCUCUAUAUCUGUGACCAUCAUCUUUCCAUUCUUUACGGCCGCUCGUCAAUCAUGCGCGAUAAUGAGAGCUAUAUCACUGGAUGGGAGGCAUAUCUGGCAUGUUCGCUCUCGACCGACGCCGAUCGCAGAAUAGCAGGGCAGAUUUGUCUCAUGUACCUGAUGAAUCAGAUCCGAGAGACUCUUGGCCCCGAAGACACGAAUUCAGUCCUACCAGAUUCCGCCCUUAGCAAGAUUGCAGGAUUUGAACGGGAUUUAGAUGAUUGGAUUGCAAGGUUCUCCAGGCACAAUCCUAGCCACUAUAUUGGCAACUGGCCAAACAAAGGGGCGGUUAUGCACUACCACUGGGCUAAACUAUACUUGCAAUCGUACGUGCUUCGAGGACUCCCCGAGAACGGUGCCAUCAUCCCGGACCAUUUUCUCGAGAAUGCAUCGGCCGCCGUGUUCGCGGCCACUGCGAUCAUCAACCUGCUCUUGGAAGACAAAGAUGGCCAACAGGCCAUCGCCUAUGUUCCUCAUCAUAUACAUGGAAUGAUUGCCUUUGCCAGCAUGUUCCUGCUCAAGGUUGCAACGAAGCACAGCGAGCAGUUGUUUGUCGACAAAGCUCGGUUUCAAAAACUAAUAGGUGCUUUGGCCCAACAAUUCAAAGCCACGGAUGUUGGAAAGGACCACCUGAUCCACCGGAUGGCAGAGGGUUUGGAAAAGAUGGCGGAGACUUUAGGGGGGCCACCGCGUCCAAAAGACCGCAAGAUCAACGGACUGCGGCCGGAUCAGUCACUGGCAUCGCCCAGCCAGCCCACCGAAACUGACACGCCCGAGCGGACAACAAAUGGACAGACCGCAGGCCCGGACUACAAUUCUCUGGACCCAACUGCCUUUGAUUUUGGCGACCCUGCCAUGGGACUGGGGAUGCCAUUCUUCGAUUUUGAGGGAACAACGCUGGAUACGGGGGAGAAUAUGUGGAAUUUUGCGCAAUAGCGGGUGCACGAAUUGGAGCUAGGGUCUAAUGUAGCGCAAUCUCAAUAUGCCUGGCGGUAACGCCCCG